AUGUCGUCACCUCCGAAUUCCAAGCGGAUCAAGACUUCGGCCACAACUAGCGCCCCGCCGCAUCUUCUCGCUCAACAGCAGAUCCAUCCUUUCCAUCGGGUCCCGACCUUCGACGGCAUUCCUAUUCCUACGGCCCCAAUCCCCCAUCCACAACAGCAGCAACCGCCGCAGCAACACCAGCAGCAGGUGCAGCAACAACAUCAACAAUCCCAACAGCAAGCCCAGUCUCGCAAGCGUCCCCAAUCUCCCACAGUGGGAUCCUCCACGAUGAUGGCUGCACAGAUGAGCUCGACGGGUGGGCCAGUCGAGGGUGACCCAACCGCUCUGCCACCUGCCCCGGAGCCUGCUCCCAAGAAGAAGGGUCGCACCAACACCCCGUGGACCGCCGAGGAGGAACAACGGCUCAAGACUAUGCGCGACGCCGGACGUAGUUGGAGCGAAAUCGCAAAGACAUUCCCUACACGAACUGAGGGCAGUGUGAAGAAGCACUGGUAUAAGGAUAUGCAUUACGCUGAAUUCGCCGAAGAUGAGUCUAUAAAACUCCGUGACGCAAUCAAGGAGUACGAGGCAAACAAGUGGAAGGUUAUCGGACAGAAAGUCGGCAAGCCUGCUAAGGCUUGCGAGCAAUAUGCCAAGGAACAUUUCAAGAAUCUUUGA